GUUUGGCUCUUUGCGCAACUCUGCAAAGAGACUGCAAAGUGUUGCUGCCCUCUACUUUCGUUGCAACAGUCUUUUUCGUUCAACAUGGCUCCCAAGUCAAGAACAGAGGCUCAGCGCAAGGCUGGCAAGAAGGGCCCAGCUCAGCGAGAAUCUGCUGCUAAGGUUGAGGCCCGAGCUGAGGCCAAGGCAAAGGCCAAGGCUAAACAAGAUGCACUCAAGACCAAGAAAGCUGCCCUUCGUGGAACCCAUGCUACUCGCAAGAGGAAAAUUCGCACCAAGGUGACAUUCCGUCGUCCCAAGACCUUCAAGGCUCCUCGCCAACCCAAGUACCCAAGAAAGAGUAUUCCCAGGAGACCAAGACUUGACCAGUACAGCACGAUCAAGUUUCCCCUGACGACAGAAAGCGCCAUGAAGAAGAUUGAGGAGAACAACACCUUGGUCUUUAUCGUUGCCCUGAAGGCAAACAAAUUCACCAUCAAGACCGCCGUAAAGAAGCUCUACGACAUUGAUGUGGCAAAGGUCAACACACUCAUCAGGCCAGAUGGACAGAAGAAGGCCUACGUCAGGCUAGCUCCAGACUAUGAUGCCUUGGAUGUCGCCAACAAGAUUGGUAUUAUCUAAACAGCCAGACCAGCCUCAGGUUUGUGAUGGGAGACAGUAGCAUUACGAUCAUUGGCACUGUUAACAUAAUAAACAGUGUAAA